GUGUGUGUGGUGUGUGUUAGGCUCCCUCUAAACGGUUCAUUCAGAAGGAGACGUUCUGCAGACUGUUAACAUUCUCUCUUCUGUGUUUAGGUGACACAAAAGUGACAGAUUUUAACACUUAUUUCUUUUCCAUUUAGUGGGGUGAAAGGGGGCGGAGUUUCACGUUGGGUUUCAUCCAAUGAGAAGGAGCGGAUUUGUUAAAUAGUGCUUUGAUUGUUUGAUACUCUGAGUUACAGAGUUACAGUACAUCCUUGUAUAAAGAGGACAGAGAGGACUGAGGGACCAGAGCAUGUGUAUGUGUGUGUGUCUGUGUGUGUGUCUGUGUGUGUGUUUGUGUGUCUGUGUGUGUGUUUGUGUGUCUGCAUUCGUAAAACACUCCAGCAUACUAAAGGAGACCUCGGUCAGACCGAAUCAUCCACCGCACCUCCACCGUAUGGAAUGUAAGCGCAAGGUCCACUUCAGGACUGUGUAAGACCUAAACUUUAGACUUUCUUCACAUGCCUCCUGCUGUGGUACCAGAACAACAAUCCCUGGAGAGGUCUUUCAUUCAAAGAUCUCACCUGGCCCUAUAAUGCAACACAACAAACAAGGAGGUCAAAGCAAUAUCUGUACUUUCUGAGAAGGCUGAAGAAAUUUGGCAUGGCUGCCCUUCUGAAAUUCUACAAGACGCAGCCUAACGAUCACUGAAAGACCCUGAGUAGGUGCUUUCCAUGGUGGUCAGGGGUCAACGUUGGCACCGUGACUGCUCUACAGCUAUGCAGGUUCAUGCAAUGUCCAAAUCAACAACUUCAUCACCCCCCUACCCUCCCUUUUGGCAUGGCAAGCAGCAGCUCAUCAUUACCACUAAUGAAAACCAAAUCUCAGCUGCAAAGAUUGGUCAGUAAGGAUGGGCGGAGUCUUAUGCGCAGUCCUGCCUCCGGUAUACGGGAAACAUGGAUCGGGGCAUUUAAAGACAUGUGGGGGGCGUGGCUUUCCCUGCGUUGGCGUUGGGUGGUGUUGGCAUUUUGUGGUUCCUUCCUUCUCCACUGGCUUCUCUUUGCUGUACUGUGGUAUGUCUUGGCACGAGCCAAUGGUGAUUUGGAUGUUGACCAUGACAACCCACCACCCGGGCAUACGCUGUGCGUCAAAUAUGUCACAGGGUUCCCAGCAGCCUUCUCGUUUGCCCUGGAGACCCAGUUGACCAUCGGAUAUGGGACCAUGUACCCUAAUGCAGACUGCCCCACCGCUAUCGCCCUUCUUGCCCUGCAGAUGCUGCUGGGGCUCAUGCUUGAGGCCUUCAUCACCGGUGCAUUUGUGGCUAAAUUCUCCCGUCCACAGAAGCGCUGCAGUGGAAUCUUGUUCAGUCCUAAAGCCGUGGUGUGUGAGGUUGAAGGUCAGCGUUGUCUAAUGUUCCGUGUGUGCAACCUGCUCUCAAGGCCGCUGGUUGACGUGUGUGUGAGUGCUGUGCUGUAUGAGGAACAGGUCGACCACACAAUCCGCCAAACCGCCCUGGAUUUCCUGUUGGAUGGCUUGGGCUCGAGGCCUUGUCCCCUCUUCCUGUCACCUUUGACCUUUCUUCACACCUUGACUCCAGACAGCCCCUUGAAUCGUGCCAUGCCCCCUUCAGGCCAGUCGCAGUUCGAGCUAGUGGUGUUUCUUUCCGCUUCCCAAGAGGGCACUGGAUCCGCCUACCAAAAGAGGACGUCCUACUUGGCUGAUGAGAUCCAAUAUGGCCGCCGUUUCACCAAGGCUGUCCUGCAUGAAGAAUGGCGAAACAGCAAUAAGGCCAUGCGCUAUUUCGACACGCACAUAUGCCCACUUAUGGGACCCAACAAUUACAGCAACUCUCGGGACAAGGAGUGUGUGGUACAGGUCAAUGGAGACGGUAACGAUGCAAUGGAAUAGCUGUGUGUGAGUGUUUGUGUGUGUGUCCUACAUUUUUCCUCAUCCACUCUGUGCACAUAAAAGUACAUUUCACUUGAGAACAACUUUCAGAUAACUUUUACAUUUUAUUCCAUUAAUGCUAAUCACUACAUAGAAAUUGGUCAGAUGCUAAUCACUAGCUAGUACCUGUCUAGUUGUUAAUCACUAGCUAAUAUCUGAUUGGAUUUUAAUAACAUUUCAAAACAUCAUUUGAAAAACAAAUAUUAUUUCACUCAGUAGAGUAAUUCUAUGCUAAUUGAUAGACACAAAAUUGCUAUGAGGAUGCAAAUCAUGCUGGAGUAUGGAAGCAACCAGCAAGCUUAAAUACAAGCUAAAUCCUAUGUAGCCAACCAUUUACAGCGUUUCAUGAUUGUUUUUCUAAAUAACAAUCACUGUGAUUAAGAUACACUGCGAAACCACAAGAUUUUUAUUUCAACACCACAGUCCAGAGUGAUGCCUCAGAUCUACUCCUGGGCUUCAGCCAGAAACUAUAACAUUUUGUGUUUUCUCUUCUCUGAAAUGCCCAGGUCAACUUUGAAAAUAAGCUCCUUCAUGAAAUCGAGAUUCAGAAUAGAAAAAAACUCAUAUUUCUCACCUUCAAGGACUGAAUUUGAACAACAUUGUUCUUCUGAAUCUGAAUCACACCUUCCGGACUUUAAAACGAAGGAACAGCAAGAAACGGGGAUGAACUUUUGUGUGAAGUUUUGAGAAUUAACAAUUAAUAAGUGAUGAUUUUAGAGUACACUGCUGAUAGCUAAACAAUACUACUGCUUACAGGCUAAUAAAUGUGCCAGGUGAUUGUGGUACAAAUUAGCAAAACAGCAUUCAAAUAUUAAAGCUUGGAAACAGGCAGACUAGCUAGCCACUUGAGGGAAUGGGAACGCAUUUGUUUGUUUUCUGUAAAAUCUGAACAAAACAUACGCAACAUAUUUAGUUCUGAGUAAUUAUUUAAAGUCUUCCAAAAAGUAAAUAAGUAUAGACAAUCCAAAAGUGUUAAUGUAAAGAAAUAUUAACAUAUAAGCUAAGAACAUUGUAUUCAAUUCUUUUUUUAAAAAUCCCAUUUUAUCAAGUGGCAAAGCCUGGAAAGUUUUGUUUUUUUUGUCACGAGAUAUUUUUAUUUUCCCACAUGAAGGACGAGCAAUCGAUCGAGCAAAGAUCUGCAUGAUUAUACUGAUAGUCGCACACUGUAUAUUACAGUUUUUACAUUCCUAUUAAAACCUAGAUAAAACUCUGCAUUAUUAAAGUAAUCUUCUCUGAGUCUUUGCUCUGAAGGAUUUUUAUGAGCAGAGGUAAAGCGUUAGUUAUUGUAUUCCUUUUUAAAUAAUCAAUCUAAUAUAUACUGUAAAUCAGAAAUCAGAUUUGUUUUUGUGUGUAAAACUUUACGAUCCCUAAGAGACAUUUUUAAACACUGACUACUGUUUGUACAUUAAACUGUGUGGAAGGGCCUGUGACCUGUGAAAGAAUUACCAUCAUUUUGUAACAUAUAACAAGAAAGAUUAAUUAAAAUAAUAUUCUUAAAAAAUCA